UAAAAGAUGUUGCCUUUACAAAUGAAGUUUUGGGUAAAAGUCAGGUGUGAGACAAUCACUCGCAUUUGAUAGAAGGAAUAGGAACGGUUCAACUGAGCAUCGGUUCAGGCACGUACGAUGUUGCUUAUCUAGUACAAUCCCUCGCCAAUUGAAUUACCGUUUGAGAAUUAUGCAUGGCCUCUUCACGUGGAUCGAGAAAAAGGAGUUGAACAAAGUCCUUGUAUGAGUGUUAAGGCAUAGAAAUUGCUCUUGCUUGAUCAAAACUGCAAAAUAAACUCACUUGUACUGCAAAAAGUACAAAAAUCGGCAUGUUUUUCAUAAAAGAGAGAACAUAAGACUCUCAUUGUCAAAUAAACGCAAAGUUGUGCUUGAAAGUCAAAAUAAUCUAAUCACGAACAAGCCCCGUCUAGAUGACGGUUAUUUUUUGCUACAUAUAUGAUUCUGCUAACCUCGUCAAGUCGUGAUUUGGACCCAGAUUUACAUUGUGCCUAUCGGCUGGUAUAUAGUAUUGUUUAGAAUUCUGAUUUAGUUUGGUUAAUAUUGAUUUGGAUAGCUAUAACCAUACUAAGAAUCUGAAUUUGGCAAGAAUGCAUAUCUGAUUGGUUUGGAUAGCUAAAACCAUACUAAGAAUCUGAAUUUGGCAAGAAUGCAUAUCUGAAGAUUGCAAGUAUAAACGACUUAACCAAAAUUUGAUAUUUUUGUUACCACUUUAGUACUUUUGGGCAGUAUUUAAUAUUUAGAAAACCAUCUGAUCACAUUUCACGAAAGUCGGCGAUUUGAUCACCAAGUUGUGUUUUGCCUAGAAUUUACGCCAUAGCUUUAGCUUACUUCCAUCUGAAAGUAGAAGGAAAAUAAAACAAGGGUAAAACAUUAUGGUCAAACAAAACCAGUUUCUUUACUACCUUAAACUCGUAGUUCACUCCAUCAGGUCCAGAAAUUCACGACUCAGAGGCCGUAACUAUAAGCAACUGAAUUACAUUUGCAGGGAAGUGAGUUUACGCAGUGAGGAAUAGCACAACUAUGGACGAACAGAAAAGAUUACACAGUAGAAUUACAAUAAACGAGUAAGACCAGACCACAAAAUUAGAGGAAGAUAAUAGGGUACACAUAUACGACGGCUAUGAUCUGCAAAUCAAACCAGCUUCCUUACUGUAGCUCCACCAUUAUGCCGAUCCAAAUUCAGCAAACCAUUUCUCAUGCCUUUCUAUAUCGGCUUGGGAAACGCUAGGUUGAACCUUCUUAAUAGCCUCCUCAAAAUCACACAUGGCCACCGGAUCAUUGGAAAUCUCGUCCUUGGACAUGUUCUUGAUCUCAUCUCGUGUCUUUCCAGCUAUCUUGCGCCUCAUCCCAUUGAGAGAAGCAUCCCUGCACACAUUUGUAAGAUCAUCUCCACUGUACCCCUCUGUCCGCCGAGCCACAUCAUCGAUAUCUACAUCGACAGAAACCUAAGAUAUGCAAACACAUGAGUUGGUGGUAAGUGGUAACUGCUGCAUGAAAAACCCAUUACGGCAAUGGACAAAAAAGAAGAAAGAAAAUAAAAAUGGAGAGGGAGAGGCAGUGUUCAAGAACACUCGCCUAGGCGCUCGCCUAGGUGCGUUUACUAGCUGGGCGAGAAGGAUUCUUGGAGAUUACUGCUGGGCGAAGUUGCUGGGCGCCAUAAACGCGGAAUCGCGUCGAAGAAUGCCUAGGCGGCGAUUCCAAGCCUUGAUCCGCGAUUACACGCGGUGGGCGACGCCCAGGAAAAAAAAAAUUGUUAUUAAGCUGUGCGUUUUGGAUGCUGGGCAGAAAGGGUAAAACCCUAAUAUCAUCAAUCGACCAUCGCAAUUCGCAAGGGAACAGCAAGCAGCCUUCAUCCCUCCUCUCCAACUCUAGCCGCCUUCUCCAGCAUCAGCCUUCGUCGCCAGCUGCGCGGGGAUUCGUCGGUCAGCUACGCGGGGAUUCUCCAGCAUCGCUGCAGUUCUCAGCCGACCGCGCGGAUUCUCCAGCAUCGCCGCAGCUCUCAGCCGACCGCGGGGAUUCUCCAGCAUCGCCGCCCAGCCGACCGCGGGAAUUCUCCAGCAUCGCCGCCCAGCCGUCCCCGCCAGCACCAGCAUCGCCGUUCUCGACCUCGACAGCCGCUUGGUUAAAGAGACCCUGAACGAAGACGUAGAGGAGGUACUGCUGGGAGUUCAUAAGAAAUCGGCUGUUAGAAGCAGGUGUACAGAGGAGAGAAUCGGUUUUGUUGUGAACUUGUGAUUACUCGUUUCAUUAUUGUGAGUUUAGAAGAAAUAGGAGUUUUAUUUUAGUUGUGAAUUGUGAUUACUCGUUUCAUUAUUGUGAGUUCAGAAGAAAUAGGAGUUUUAUUUUGGUUGUGAUUACUCAUUUCAUUCUCAGCUUCCAUUACUCGUUUCAUUACUGUUAGUGCUUUUAUUUUGGUUGCUACUUGCUGCUGAAAAUGUGUGUUUGCAAUUACAGGGCUGCUUGUUUUGGUUAAAUGGAACAGACAGAGGCUACUGUCACGGCUUCAACGGUUGAAAAUGCGAACUCUUUGAAGAGGAAGUCUGAUGAUAUUGGUUGGGAAUAUGAAAAGCUCAUCGAUCCAAACAACAAAGAUAGAAUCAUGUG